AUGGCCACACUCCUCCCCGAGAGUUUCGGACGGAUUUGUCGGGCGAUCUCUGCCCUGGCUUGGAGGUUCGUUGCCACCGGCUGGCAACGACUUCCUCAACUACCAGCCAGGCAGAGGCCACGGGCGCCUACCGCCCAACGUCGUCCUAUUGCUCGCACUGGACCAGGCCGACUAGAACGAUUCGUCGUUCUGGUCCAACGAAGAACCCUGGCCUGGGUCCAAGAGCAGGGCCUCGUUGGGCAUAUGGUAGGUUUGUCGGCUGCCCUGCUGUUUGUCCUCCACAUCCUCUCCUUCUACCUGGGAGGGGGUGCCCUCGUCUUAAAGAGGGCAUCGCAGCGGGUAGCCGACGGCCGCUGGACACCAUUGAUCAACAUGGUGUUCCGGCCACAGCCCGUGGGGGGCCGAAAAGCGGUUGAGGAGGGGCACGGGGGCAUAGACCCUUUGUGGACCCCUCCUUACCGCGGGCCGGUUCCUGUCAUGUACCUGCCACUGGAACCGGCCCACACCAUCGAGACUUGGGAGGCACUCCUGGAGGAGACCAAGGCGAGGUUCCCAUGGCGGUCGGCGUUAAUGGUGACGCCCUUGUAUCUGCGGGACUUCUACUACCCGCCAGAGUACACGGUGCGUCGCCCGCCGCCGCCGCCACUCUCGCCGUCUCCUCCCCCUAGCCCCUCCUCUGUCGUCUCGGUGGUGUUUCGGCCCCCCCCGACGACAACUGGACCCAACGCGGUAGAUAUUACCGCUCCCCUCCAAGCUCCAUUGGCUGAGCCAGAGCCAAUGGAGCUUGAUUGA